CUCAGCGCCUGCGCAUUUGUCCGGCUUUGCGGCUGCACUGCUUGACGGCAGCGGUGUCCGUCCGCACUGGCUGGCGUUGCCGGGGUAACGGCGAGCGCGUGGGGCCGAAGAAGAACAAUUAUGCUUGAAAAAUGGCGGAAGCAGUUUUCCAUGCCCCGAAGAGGAAAAGAAGAGUGUAUGAGAAUUAUGAGUCUCCAUUUCCGAUCCCUUUUGGUCAGAACUGUGGUCCCAAGAAAGACUUCAAAAUAUUCCGUGCUGAACUGAUAAACAACAGUGUAAUUGUGAGGAACACAGAAGAUAUUGAGCAGCUGUAUGGAAAAGGUUAUUUUGGAAAAGGUAUCCUGUCUAGAAGCCGUCCAAACUUCACAAUUUCAGAUCCUAAGCUGGUUGCUAAAUGGAAAGAUAUGAAGACAGACAUGCCUAUAAUCACAUCAAAGAAGUAUCAGCGUAGUGUAGAAUGGGCCACACAGCUCUUGCGAAGACAGGGGCAGGAUGAGAACACAGUGCAUAGAAUCCUCAAGGAUUAUACAAAACCGCUUGAGUACCCUUGUAUAAAAAGGAAUGAAGAGGUUCAGUUGCAUGACGAGCUGGGCUCUGAAAUGCUCUCCAAAAUAGAAGGCACAGCAGAUAGAGAGAAUCUUUCUGUGAUGAACGGAGAUGGGGGGAAGUCAGACUAUAUGAAGGAUCCCAGCAAGCAAUCAGACUGCCUGCAGGAAGGCUCUGGGCAUGACCCACAAACCGCAGAUGGCUUGGAUGAACACAUGAUAGAGGUCGCUGCACCUCUGCCCCAAGUCCAUUGUGGCAAACAAGAUGUUCUGCCCUGGUGUGGUGCUCAGCCUGAGAACAGCAGUCAACGAGAAGGUUUCAUCUGUGCUGGAGAAAGAGGGCCUGAUGAUGAAUAUGUGCUGGUGGAGGAAGUCGUGGGUGAUGUGACCGAAAGGGAAGAUGCCCCAAAUGAGGAAUUGGUGCAAAAAGGGAGACUAACAUGCAGAAGAAAUCCAUAUAGGAUCUUUGAGUAUUUGCAACUCAGCCUGGAAGAGGCCUUCUUCCUGGUCUAUGCCCUGGGAUGUCUAAGUAUUUACUAUGAGAAGGAACCUUUAACAAUUGUGAAACUCUGGAAAGUUUUCACCAUAGUUCGGCCCACAUUUAGAACUACAUACAUGGCAUACCAUUACUUCCGAAGCAAGGGCUGGGUGCCCAAAACAGGACUUAAGUAUGGAACAGAUCUACUGCUGUAUCGAAAAGGCCCUCCAUUUUACCACGCAAGUUACUCUGUCAUUAUUGAGUUAGUCGAUGACCAUUUUGAGGGCUCUCUUAGAAGACCUUUCAGUUGGAAGUCGCUGGCUGCCUUGAGCAGAGUUUCAGUGAAUGUUUCCAAGGAACUUAUGCUGUGCUAUUUGAUUAAACCCUCUACCAUGACUGACAAAGAAAUGGAGUCACCAGAAUGUAUGAAAAGAAUUAAAGUUCAGGAGGUGAUUCUAAGCCGCUGGGUUUCUUCACGAGAGAGGAGUGACCAAGACGAACUUUAACAAUUCAGCCUCAGAUUUCUGAUUUCACCAGCAAAUACUUAUUGAGUCUCCUAUGAUAAGCCAAGUUCAGGGGAAGGUAAAGAGUCCUUUUAUUGUCAUUGUCCAUUAAUUUAAAAGUUUUAAAUGGCAUGGCGCUCCCAACACUGGAAAACUGUUAGUGUUUUAAAACAUAAAAUUACAUAAGGGAGAAAAAGAGCCCUGUGCUGAGGCUUCAGAUUCUGGCCUUGAAUCAGUCACUGACUCUGACCGACCCUGAGCUCCUUGCCUCUGGGCCUCAGUCUGUGUCCUCAUCCAUUCAGUGAGGAAGCUGGACUGCAUGAGCCCCAAAAGGACUCUCUCAGCAGUAGAGAAAUUAUGUUGUUCUCAGAUUUUACCGGAGAAUGAUAAUAGCCUACAUUAUGUGGUACUGUACAGUUUCCAAAACUCUUUUGUACACAGGGCUCUCUUGUUCCCCACAUCCAAUCUGUUCCUGAAAGAGUGCUGGAGAGCAGAUUUGGGGAUUGUAGGGCGCUAUGUUCCAUUAUUUUAAAUAAAAAAAUAAUAUGUCUCAGCUUGUCCAAGAGCUUCAAGCAAUUUCUCAAACACAUAAAGAUCCAUUUAAUAUUUAACAAGGAUUUCUGUAGCAUUUAAAAUAUCAAUUACAUAAUUAUUUGUCAGUGAACUCGGUGGGCAUAUUUGUAUAGAAUACACAACAAUAUUAUACAAUAUUAGGUAAAAAUCACAUCUUGCUUCAGUGUACUUGUUAUGAAAUAAAAAUAGGCAGUGAACUAAUGUAUGAAAAUA